GGUAAGGUAAAGUUUUAUCGAUAUGAAGUUCGUUCAAUCUCUAUUGUGUACAGCUUGUCAAGUAGUAGCAAUACUUAUCUAACCUAGAACCUUUAAACCUCGUGAUUUUGCAUAUUUUCUUAAUUAUAUUUCUGUUGAGUUGAUUUUAUAAAAUGGGGAAAGUGAGAUCAGCUCCAGGCGCACCCCGGAAACAGGGGUUCAAUAAAUCUGCACAUUCUAUGAAUCCAGAUCGGCCUACUGAAGGGCUCAAGGGUGUUGGAAAUGCCAGAACAAAAGGAACCAUCAAAAGAUUGCAGAUGUACCGUAAUUUUAAAGCUAAACGGGAUAAGACUGGUAAAAUUUUAACUCCUGCACCAUUCCAAGGUUGGUUGCCGUCGGGAACGAGAGCACGCGUUGAACCUAACCAAAAAUGGUUUGGAAAUUCUCGCGUAAUUUCACAAAGCGCCUUACAGAAAUUUCAAGAAGAGUUUGGUGCAGCUGUAAAAAAUCCUUAUCAGGUGGUUAUGAAACCAACUAAUUUGCCUAUUACAUUAUUAAAUGAGAAAGCUAAGAAUGCUAGAGUGCAUUUAUUAGACACUGAAGGGUUUGACAAAACAUUUGGUCCCAAAAAGCAGCGAAAAAGAGUGAAUUUAAAGUUUACUGAUAUAGAAGCAUUAUCCAAAGCUGUGGAAGAGAGUACUGACAAGUAUGAUGAAUCUAAAGAUGUGGAUAGAGUUCGUGAAGAUACAGGGGUGAAAGAUGGUCAAAGAGACUGGGUCUUUGGUGCUGGUAUGAGUAAACGAAUUUGGAAUGAGUUGUAUAAAGUUAUUGAUUCAUCUGAUGUACUAUUACAAGUUCUUGAUGCACGAGAUCCAAUGGGUACAAGAAGUCCAUAUGUUGAAAAAUUUUUGAGGGAAGAAAAACCUCAUAAGCAUUUGAUUUUUAUCUUAAACAAAGUUGAUUUAGUGCCUAAUUGGGUAACACAGAGAUGGGUAGCCAUACUAAGUUCAGAAUAUCCAACAGUUGCCUUCCAUGCUUCAAUGACUCAUCCCUUUGGAAAAGGUUCUCUUAUUAAUCUACUACGACAGUUUGCUAAGCUACAUAUAGAUAAAAAACAAAUAAGUGUAGGGCUAAUUGGGUAUCCAAAUGUAGGAAAAUCCUCAGUUAUUAACACACUUAGAUCAAAAAAGGUUUGUAAAGUUGCACCAAUUGCUGGUGAAACUAAAGUGUGGCAGUAUAUUACAUUAAUGAAAAGAAUAUUUCUAAUAGAUUGUCCUGGUAUUGUAUAUCCAUCAGCUGAAACAGACACUGAAAAAGUACUUAAAGGAGUUGUACGAGUUGAAUUAGUGCAGAAUCCUGAUGACUACAUAGAAGAAGUUAUUAAAAGAGUUAGAAAGGAAUAUUUAAUUAAAACAUACAAAGUGGAUGGAUGGGAGACAGCUACUGAUUUUCUAGAGAAGUUAGCAGCUCGCACAGGUAAAUUAUUAAAAAAAGGAGAACCUGAUGUUAAUCAAGUGGCACGGAUGGUACUCAAUGAUUGGCAAAGAGGGAAGCUUCCAUUUUAUGUAGCACCAGAAGGUUAUGAAAUUCCUAUAAGUAAGCUGCAAAAAGAAACAGAAUCCAAAGAAACCGUUCCAACAACUGAGGAUCAAAAUAAGGAAGAGCCCCAGGAUGAAACAUUACUUGAAAAAGAAAAAGAUGUCUCUGAAAAACCCACUCUUACUAUUAAUAAACUUGUCAUUGCUCAAGACUUUGCUAAAAUUAGAGUGGGACUUCAGUUUGAUAAUGAUGAUGAUGUUAAACCUCUUGAUAAAAUGAAUAUACCUGAUGAACUACAAGGCAUAGAUGAUGAGAAAGGUGAUGAAUCUAAAAGUGAAGAUAAAGAAGAUGAACCUGUAAAAGAUAAUGAUGAUGAUAACUCUUCAGUCAUAAGUGGUUUUUAUAGUAAUGAUGAACAAGUUUGUAGUGAUGUUGAAGAUUAUUUGACAAAUGAUCCUGAGACAGUAAAAGAAAUGAAACGAAAGAAAUUAGAAGCUGCUAGUGGAGCAUUUAUAGUUGAUGAUAUCCAACAAAAUAAAAAGCGGAAGGGUAAUAAUGAUAAUGGGGCUGUUAAUUCCAAAAAAUUAACUGCAAAAGAAAGAAGAGCAAUAGAUAGAGCUCAACGUCGCACUAAAACAGGAAGUAACUUUUAUGAAGUAUCAAAUAUGUCAUCAGGAAGUGAAAGUGAUGAGGAUUAUGUACCUGGUGAACCAGAACAAGUAUCAGAGGAAGGAUCUGCAGAUGAGGAAACUGAUUUACAGUAUGAACAAGAAUUAGAACAUAAAUCAAAAAAACGGAAAGCAAAUAAGCAAGUUAAUGAAGGUAAGAGAAAGAAAGUAAAAACUAGGAAAGCUAAUAAAGAGACAGUAACAGAAGAUGUAAAUGUUGAAGUGUUGGAGGAAGUAAUUGAUCCAGAAGAACAAAAGAAACGAGAGGAAGAUUUGUGGGCAAAAUUUUUAGAUGGAACUGAUACUAAACCUAAACCAACUUCAAAGCAAAUUACCUCUACAGCAAGUCAACCCGCAAAAACUAAUACCAACAAUACAGACAUUAAUGAAAGAAAACCAAAAGAUUAUAAGGAAAGUAAAGAUGAUGAAAAGGCUAGAGAAAGACGCAUUUUUGAGUUUGCAGGUGAAACUAUUGUUGUGGAGAAUAAUGUCAUAAAAGAAAAAAUAAAAACUCCUGAAGUACCUACAACAGCUAGUAAACUAGAUGGUCCAUCAUCGCACAAUCGUCCAUCAGGCGGUUUGUCCGGUUUACUCAACAACUUAAAUAAAACUAGUAAAUUAUCCACUUUGGAGAAGUCAAAACUCGAUUGGCUCACAUUCAAGAAAGAGGAGGGCAUAGAAGAAGAAAUUGAGAGUCACAACAAAGGCAAGGCUGGCUAUUUGGAUCGGCAAGACUUUUUAGAAAGAGCGGAUAUUCGUCAGUAUGAAAUUGAACGAGAUCUGAGAAUGAGCCGGCGCAGUAAUCGAUAAAAAGAAAAACAUAACUUUAAUAUUGUUGCCAUAUGAAGGUUGGACCCUACUGGACUGGAUGAAAAUACUGCACAAAUUCUAUUGAGCGAAUGUUAAUAUGAUUUGGAUUGCAUAGGCGUUUGCUCGAUUGAUUCGGUUCACAUAGCCAAUUCAUUUUAUAUUAUACAAGAUAAAAUUGAAAUCGUUACCGGUACGUAAAACUAAGAGUCUAUCUAUACCAUAUAGAACAUAUAUAUUAUGACAGAAAUUUUGUAAAUUAGUAAUUCAAAAACGAAAAUAAUUUGAUUUUCCCAUGCUAAGUCAACAGCUUAAUACGCCGUGUUAGUAUCAAAUAUUUUUCCGGUUUCCAUAUUUCUUUGAUGAUAUUGUUCAGUGUCACUGGUAAAACGCUCUCUUUAAACGAUUUCGAUUUUACCCUGUAGCCGAUAGCUCAUAAAAUAGACGAUUCAACUAUGGAGUUCAGUUUUAACAGCUUACUAUCUAAUAAAUGUCGUCUUAGGCA